AUGUUUCUUUUACUUCUAUUUUUUUACUGUACGUUUUUUCUUACUCUUGAUUCGACACACGCUGGCAAAUGCCGACAAAUCGACUUCACUAAGCUUCCGGCAUGCGCCAACGUUGGCUACAAAUCUACAGCGAAUUUUUCACAAAUUGGAGAACAAAGCUAUCAAGACUAUGUCUCAUCAAAAGUCAUCUACUUUUCUGAUCGUUUCAACAGUUGUUCUCCGUAUUCUAGGAUGUUCGUUUGCUCUCGUUACCUUCCAAAGUGUUCCAAGGAGGUUGAAGGCCCCAUACUCCCCUGUAGAGAAGUGUGUGAUCAAUUUUUGGACGAUUGUCACAAAGAAUUGAAAGACAGUGGACUGUAUAGACGUUACGUUGCCUACUGUAGACUUCUCUCUUCUAAAAGAGAAGCAACUAUGCAGUGUUUAAAACCUUCUGGAUUUGUUCCUCGACCAAAUAAAAAAGGUGAGCUCAUAAAAUUGGAUGAUAUUCUCCACAUUUUGUUGCAAUGUUGUAAGAAGUUUAUUAGCUGCACACUCUCUUCAUUACAAUGUAUGUUUCUUAUGUGUAAGGUAAAUAUGUUCUCUGAAAUUUAAUGACAACUGUUGGCUUAAAAUAUUUUCUACAUUCCAAGUAGCAUUUUUGCAAUUAUGAGUCAUACCGUUUUGUCAAACAAUGUUUUCCUGCAAAAAAAUAAUGUUAACUUAUUGAUUACAAAUCGUUUAAAUCUUUGCUUUGACAGUAUUUUAAACAUCUUCAUUAAUAUUCGCCAAUGUCAACUAAAGAUAUUUUUAUCAUGAUGUAUCUUUUUCACUCCCAAGUAUUUUAAAACAAUUCAGCCAUGGUUUCAUUUACUAAAAAGUACCAAGUGUAAUUUAAUUUAAGUCUACCUCAGCUGAGCAAAAUUCAUUUCGGAGGACACGCGAUAAAGCAACCGCUGGGUUUCGUUAAAUUAAAAAAUCAACAAAGAUUCACUCUUAAACAAAAAAUGACUCUUAAACUUAUUUUCAUACCAUUAACCGGCGUCUUAUAAUUUCACGUGAGCAGUUAACAUUGAACACUGUUUGAAAGGUCUAAACCAAUCAAUAAAUCCUCUGGAGACACUCACGAUCAAAAAACUAAUCACGCUGGCUUAAUAUUUUUAAUUACAAGUACUCCAGCUAUUCAACAGGUGAGCUGGAAACGUUAAAAAAAAUCAAAUGCAUGCAUUUUUUUGACAUGAAAGAAAAAUAAGAAAGGUAUCUUUUGAUCAAACUCAAGACUGAUGGCAGCUCUAGAUGCAAGAAUUUGUACACUCGGAAAUUGCUUCGUCGUCGUGUAUUUAAGUCUGGAAUGUCGUGACGAUGAAAAAAAAUAUUUUCGCUGUUCAACAGUAGUCAUGGCAACCUCUUUUUACAUAUAGUGCAAACAAAAAACGAACUGUGAAAAUAUAAAACGUUAUACAGACUUUCGGGUUAAGUGUUUAAUAUUUGUUUUUGGAGAACAAAACAGCUCAGCACACGAAACCGCGUCGAAAAUCAAGAAAGUGAUUGUGGAUAAAUCGUUGAUUCAAAACUUGUUCUCGAAGACUUAGAAAAUGAAAACGAUCCCCCUUUCUCAGUUCCGUUCGUGAGGAAAAAAAAGUCGGCAGAAUUAACGUGUUUAUCGCACUUAGGAUCGCAAGACUAUGACAUAUUUCAAUUUUUUUAAAAAAUUAUUUCUUUUAAUUGUUUGACAGACUUAGCUCGCCUUUUCUCAGUCUUGAAGGUUUGUGACUUUGAACAUCGCUGUAUGAUUUUACGUCUGCUUCAACCCUCAGCCACCGCUGUCUUACAAGUUCAAACUUUAGCUUAAAGAAGUUGAUUUACACAUGUUUAAGAAAGAGUGAAAUCAAGUACCCUAUUGACAGUCCGAUAUUGAAGAAGUUCCAUGCCAAAAAUAGCAGUAGCUUGCAAUGAAAUCUGUUGAUAUUUCAAAUGUCUGCAUGCUGAGUUGUUGCAUGUUUUGUUGUAGAGUUGUCUUAUUUCUUAUUCGUGGCUUAAAAAUUGUGUUUCAUGAGAUUUUAAAAAUCAUAAAAACAAAAGUCGUAAAAAAUCCGAUUAAAUUUUUUCCUGAAACACUGUUUGGUGCGUUGGCGGGCUGACGGAAUUUCCGGAAUACUAUAGUCGUUAACAACUUGAAGUUGAGAAGGGUUAAGUCAUUACCACAAUUAAUUUUGAAAGUCUGAAGUUUCGAGAGCAAGCCUUUUACUAAAGAUAGGUGUACGGUUUUUGGGUUGUACCACUUCACACUUACAAGAUAUUGAAUCUAACAACAUUCACAUCGGCAAGGCAACACGUGACAAAAGCAUGGCAUGAAUUGUUCGCUGUAGAAUUAAGCUAUCAGUGACAAAAUUAAGAUUUAGAGGUGCUUGACAAGGAUGACUUGCUGGCGAAGACUGAAAGUAAAUUCUCUUUAAUCCGCAGUCCAUUAAAAUGGAAUUCUGCCUUAGCUCUUAACAGUUUCCUAUAGCAAGUGUUAAGUCAAUUAGCUUUUCGCUUGACAAAUCUCCAUUUCCGAAAAAAGGCAUGUUAGGACUUUGGAUACAGGACCGUGUCAAAGCGACUUGUCAAGUAAAAUUUAAAAUGUUUUGAAAUAUUGCCACUGAAGAACUUUUCAAGGAGAAACAGGUCAAGUUUUACCAAUAAUUCGUUAAAUUCCUGUUCGUCAGAUAUUUGGAGAAUUGUGACAACUAAAACGACUGAAUAAUACAUCAAACUAGAAUACUAAAGCGAAGGUGUUUUUUUUUUUUAUUGCUUUAUAGAACCAUUAUUACCAAGUUGUGAAACCGCAAGUCGGCCUGCUUGUUUGAAAGACAAUGUCAGUGGACUGAGAAACAACACAAGACAUCGACUCCAGUCUUUUCUCAGCAAUCUCGACCCAGUCCUAAACUCAAGUUGCUCAGUCAAGUUAAGACGGUUAGCCUGCUUCAUUGAGACUGCACCCUGCGUCACUAAUGAUGGUUCCACCCUUCACGCCUGUCCAUCUAUGUGCCAGGAAGUCAGACGUGAUUGUGAAGAGGAAUUUAAGAAAUAUAACAUCGACUUUCCACAGUGCAUACCUUAUCACCCUGAAAUUCCUGCUGGAGAUGGUUUGUGCAAGCUUUCUCGUUGGCCUGUACCGUGGCCUAAUACAACUGGAACACAAGUGUUAGGUUAGUGUCAGAUCAUUGAAAGUUUAGUUCGCAGUGUUAUCUUUUUAAUUAUCAUUCCACAACUAUGCCAUUGUAUCAUAUUAGGGUACUGGGAUACGCAAAAUCAGGUGCGGUAUUGCAUUGCAGAACAGCAGGGCAACAGCGCUUCAGAUAUUUUUUAAUUCGAUAGUUUCGUUUUGGUUGUUUUCCUCUUCCGCGCACGCCUUAUGCGAUCGAUGCGAUGCGCAGAUGAGGCCUUGGGAUUAAUUUCGAAGACUGGAAGCAAAAUACCAGAAACUAAAAUCAUAGUGAAUUAAUAAAUCCCUUAUUCGAUGGUUUAACAUCUCAGCUCAUUGGGCACAUUUUUCCUCGUCCCUACCCCCCUUAAACAUCGAAUAAGGUGUAUAAAUCCACUUCUGUGCAACCUUCGAAAUCCAAAUGCGCUGAAAAUAUACUUCUACUGAGAAUAGUUUUCCUCCUUUUGCCGAUCAUCCGUAACAGUGCACACGAAGCAAUUAAUUAAUAUAGCUAAUAAAAACUCUUUUUCCAACGGAUAUGAGCCGAUUUCGCUUAUGUUAGCACAACAUGUUUUCAAUAACGGAACGCAAAUUUAUCAUUCAGUUAAACCGGUCUUCCUGCUGUGAAAAAUGACGAUAAGUAAUUUCUGGUAUCAUUAAUAAUGUACCCCUCGUCGAUUUCUGUCCGCGGAUAAAUUCUGAUGGUUAGUGCAAAAAAAUGAACUUGUGCACCCUUACAACAGAAAUUUACCACAAUAAUCGAUGAACUUCUCUCAAAAUCCACAAACCGCAAAUCGUUUUUUCCCUCCACAAACAACAUUGAAACGCGUCUCUACUCUUGAUUAGCAAACGGACCGCACUCCUCUAAUGCAGGGAUAUUAGGACUUGUAGUGAUUGGAUAUCGCCUGAUAAUCGCAAUGUUUGUUAAGGUGUCGAUUAUAAUGUUUUGGCAUCCGCGACAAAAAAAAAAAAAAAAAAAAAAAAAACGGCUUAAACCGCAAUUGAAGAAACCAAGAUUGAAGGCUAAUACACGUGCAUGGGCGUUUGAAAAGAUAAAUCCGGGCUAAGAGGUCAAGGUUUAAUUUUAAUCUUCCCGUCGUUUGCGUUCCAGACAUAACUUAAAACCAUCUGAUAGAUCAUGAGUACGAAAAAAUAUAUAUCUUCAGCAGGAUGAUGUACUGAUAACGCGCUGAAUUAUAAAAACUAUAAACAACCCGUCAAGAAAUUGAGUUUCAAUCAACAAGAAGAUUGGCGGUUAGAUCUUAGAAGUAGAGGGAUUUUUUUAAGAAAAGAGUUUACGCUAUACUACUCUUUUCUUUAAUAACUGUUCACUUUUUACUGGUUUUCUCUUCAGAGACAACUCCCAGAAUCUUUAGAACAAACCCUGCAGUUAUCUCCAAAGUGGACGAAGGAUUUGACAUUGAUUCAAACAUGGAGAGCAAGACAGGCACAACAGGUAUAAAAACAUAUCGCGGGCGCAAGUUAAGAAGCUAGAGUUGCGCUCGGCUGCGCCUUGAGCACCUCUUGCCCUUCUCUCGUACUCUCCAAACUUCCCGCGUGCUCUAUAUACGCACGCUAAGUAUGAACUAAUUAUUUAAUGUCAAUAAUCAAUAUAUUUAACAACUAGGUUACGAGUGCAAGAUUUCUAUCGCGUGAUAGCUGAUCAAGGGCGACGCCCGAAUAUACUAUCACAGAUAGAAACGGGAAACGAAUAUUUUAGUUAUUUUAUUAUAAAUCUACUAGUCGUUCAAAAUGUAAUAACCGGGCAGGUUCGUGUUUUUAUUCUAAUUUGUUGACAACUGCACACUGUUAGGGGCCUCUCUCCACUCACUUUUCAUCACAGAAUAGACACCGAGUAGUGGAGCCACCCAGAUUUCAGCAUUUGUGAUAUAAUGAUACAGAUUUAUACUAAAUAAUAGUAAAUAAUAUAAAUUAAUAGUCUACUUCUAGGAACACAGAAUUACAAUCUCCACUUUCAUUUUCUAUAAAUUAAGAAUGACCGUAUUGAUAGAGCUGGCUAAGAAAGUAAAACGGUACCGGCGCGAAUUAAGCUGAACAUUUCUCAUUCCGCAUGAACAGCACAGGACUACUUGCAUGAUAUUACAAUGCACACCGAGUGAUGAAACAUCCAGAACCAUUUGAAGAAACUGUACGCCAACCUAAAUGAUCUGAAGUUCUCCGUCAGUUUCUUGGUGCGCGACACUAAAACAACCGUCUUUAGCAUCCACAUAAAUAAUCUAAAAUACUUGUUUUGUUUUGUUUUGUUGUAGACCAAUCCAAGCCUAGUAGCGACAAGGAAUUAAAAAAGAAGCCAUUAUCAAGUUUAGUUCUUGCUGUCGCCGUUGUGGGAUUUUUAAUGGUAUUUUCAUUUUUGACAUUUAUGUUACAUCUGUUUUUGAAAAAGCUCAAGAAAAAUGCCAGGGCAAGAAAGAGAGGAAGUGGGAAAUAUGUCAAGGAUGCGAACAUUUCGUCUAAUGGAAAAGCAGUUACAGUGGGCGAGGAAAAGAAUGCGGGCUUUGAAGAAGAAAUACAUAAAACUGGGACUGCUCUUUAUUAA